GAGGUUAGAAUUGUAAUGGCAGCAUUGUUCAUUGACGUGUCAUUCAGUUACAAAUGGCGGCGACCGAUGAGACUGUUUCCGUAGUAGAGAAAGACAUCGAAAAAUUAAAUGUUUCAGAAAGUGAUUCGAACAAGAAUGAGGAUGAUAUCAAAAGUGGAGAGCUUUAUGAACCACAUUUAUGGGGUUUCGAAACACGGGAGCUCUACAAAAUUGCACUUAGUUUCUAUAAAGAGAAAGAAGGAAAAGCUGUUCACCUUUCGUAUGAGGAUAAAUUGAAGUUGGUUGCAUUCACACAGCAGGUAAUGCAUGGAAAAUGUACUGCUGAAAAUGCCCCACCACUAGGAGUUUUAGAUGUAAUUGGCAAAGAUAGACGCCUGGCAUGGCAAAAUUUAGGGGAUAUAUCUAAGGAACAAGCAAUGGAAGGAUUUAUAGUUUUACUAGAUAAAUUGUGUCCAUUAUUCAAGACAGUAGUAGAAGCACAAAAGAGAGAUAUAGAGGAAAAAAAGCGUUUGAAGCAAGAAGAAGAAAUUAAACAGGUAGAAGAAGAAAAAAGAUUGGCAGAAUUAGCUGAAGAGAAAAAAAGAGAAGAAGAGGAAAGAUUAAAAUUGGAGUCACAAAAAAGACAGAUACAAGAUGCGCUCAAUUUACAAACAUAUUAUCAAUUUAAAGUGUACGCUGAACAACAAUAUCCUGGAAAUCCAGAGCAACAGGCUGUUUUGAUUAGACAAUUACAAGAACAACAUUAUCAUCAAUAUAUGCAACAAUUACAUCAAAAUCAAUUAGUCAUAGAAGAUCAAAAACCAGAGGAAACAAAUGAAUUGGAUAGCACAAACAAAAAUACUGAAAAGGAACCCAUAACAGAAAAUGAGCCUGCGCUUUUACAAGAUGAAGAUUCAGAUGAGUUACAAGAAGACUGGCCACAGAUUGCCCCUGCUGAAAUGUGGACACGUAAAGGUGUAGAAGAAUUUAAAGAAACAAUUAGAAAGGAAGCAGGUGAUGCUGUUAUAAAGGUCGGCCAUGGAGAAACUGUUACUGUGAGGGUACCAACUCAUGAAGAUGGUUCAUGUUUAUUCUGGGAAUUUGCCACCGAUGGUUAUGAUAUUGGAUUUGGAGUUUAUUUCGAAUGGUCUAAGUCUGAUACAGAUCAAGUAUCUGUUCACAUUAGCGAAUCGGAAGAUGAUGAAGAUGAAGAAGAUGAUUACGAAACUCAAGAUGAUUUAGAAAGUGGAGGAAUAAAUGGAAAUAAUAGAGUUGAAUAUAAACCAGCCACGCCACCUAUAAGUGUAAUAGUACCUAUCUACAGGAGAGAUUCUCAAGAAGAAGUAUAUGCUGGAAGUCAUCAAUAUCCUGGACAGGUAAAUGGAGUAUAUCUUCUGAAGUUCGACAAUUCAUAUUCAUUGUGGCGAAGUAAAACACUUUACUAUCGAGUAUACUACACUAGACCAGGAUUUACAAAGGAUUAGUUGUAAUUGUUAAAUUAAGGAUUCAUUGAGUGUAUAUUUGUUGUGCACUGGCUCGUCAUAAUCGCCUGCUGAUAUUGCUAGUCCAACUAAAUAAAGUGUCCUAUAUCCUGUCUUUUCUCACAUAAGACAAGGUGUUCACUGUGCAAAAAUAAUAUACGUAUAUAUACAUAUAUUAAAAUAUAUCUAUAUGUAUAUAUAUAUAUAUAUUUAUACACGCAUAUAUCACACAUAUAUAUUAUAUAUACAAAUUAGUAUUCGUACCCGCCUAUUACAGGCUAAUCAAUGAUGUUGAAUGGAAAACAAAAGAAAAAAGAACUACGAUAAGUUAAUAAAACUUAUAAAAAAAAAGAAAAAAAAAAAAAAAAAAAAAAAACAAAUCUGUAUUAAUAAACAUUUAGUAUUGUCUGCAUGUAUUAUUCAAAUAUGAUAUGUAGAUUUUACCACUUUCAACCCUGUUUCUUAUAUUUUCUGGAUAUGUUGUUCUGGAUAUUUGUUUAGAUUUCAAAUCAAUUCUCUCUAUAUGUUUCGGUGGCCCCUCUACAGCUGCCUGAAAUUUCAAAUGUCUAUAUAUUAUUCAGAAAUUAAAACAAAAGAAAGGAAAUCUUUAGCUCAUAUAUGCAUCUGCAGGCAUUAGACGUUUAUUGAUAUAGAUAUUUAUUGUAUAGUUAUGUAAGGACACUUUUUAUUUAAAAAAAAAAAAAAAGAAAGAUUUAGCACAAGAACAAUAAAUAUGUUUGUUACUUUGUUGAGGAAAGUUGAUCAAAAGACCUUGAAUUAUGGACAAGAAAUAAAAGUAUCAGAAGAAAUAGUUUCACAAUGCACAGUCUAAAUGUAUUACAUUUCCGUGCGAUUGUGUGUGCGUCUAUGGGUGUUCGUGUAGAUUGUAUAUUACUCGUAUAAUCAGAAAGAAUAUAGAUCCGGUACGCUUAAUUAGCACCACAUUUUAUGGCUUUACGCAAAUUAUUGCAUAAUUUUUUUUUUUGUUUUUUUUUUUUUUUUUUGUUUUUGAGAAAUACAAUAUAAGUAUAUAAAACACGCUUGUGCAUUAUUUAUUCAUAUACGUAUUUGCAUUCGUAAUACCUAAAGAAACAAAUUCGGAUCUGUAACUUUUAAAUAUGUCAACGUUUAUUAUAUUAUAACCAUAGUUUGUUUUUACACCAGUAUAAUUCACUGUAUAUCAUUAAUAACAUUAUAUAUAAUAAUACUACUAUAUUUUAUAUAGCGACAGAAUCACGUUAGUUACAGAUGCAUUAUUUUUCAAAAAAAAGCACGCUUAUAUAAUCUGCACCCUAACGUUUUUCUAUUUAUCACGUAUCAGCAUUGCUCUAAAACAAUUUUUCGAUCAGAAGAGCACUUUUUAAGACGGCAUGGGUAAUACAAUAUUUGUUUUUCCUUUAAAUAACGAAACUUCCCCGCUCGUCAGUUAAAUACAUUAUUAGAUUGUCUGCUAUUACAUAAGCUGUAACAAUCAAAAAUUACCCUUAAUUCUUUAUUCUUUUUUCUUUCUUUAAUCUUCAAUAUAACAAUUUUCUUAUGAAACAAAAUCAUAUAUGUACGACAUUCGAUAUGAUUUCGAAUAUCGAAUAUUACAAAAAGAAUGCCAAUUAAUAUCUAUUUCUAUUUCUCUAUAAUAAUAAUAAUCUAUACUGCCUCUAUGCUCUUAGCUGUGUGUAUUUCUUACAUUUAAGCUUUACUUGCUACUAUGUUGACAAGUCGUAUAUUAUACUAUUAUGCAUAGUAUAUGUAUACAGUACAUAUAUAUACAUAUCUAUAUAUGUAUGUAUGUUAUGUAUAUGUAUGUAUGCAUAUAUAUGAAUAUAAGUAUGUAGGUAUGUAUGAGAUCACAUAUUCAUUGCCAAUAAGAAAAAUAGAGUUUUGACGUUAAUUGGUUACGGUACUAAUAAAAUCGUAGACUUCGAUACCUUUCACAUUUGAUUAAUAAAAUUUUAAUGUAAGCAACUUGAAAGGCAUGAUAAGGAAAAACGUAUAUUUUUGUACGUUUUUAUCCUAUUUUUAUAUUACAUUCGCAUCGUUCUUCGCAAGAAGGAAAAAAGAAAAAGAUGUACAUCCUUUCUAGAUGUACAUUUCUCUUUUGUUUUCAUAAUUACUUCAUUUAAAUCGAUUUUACUUAAAAAUUAUGGCGGGCGGGGAAUAAUCUUCUACUUCGUCCAUGAUUGUGCGCAAUUUAAAAAGCGACGUUACAUUCUUUCAAUUAUAUAUCACCAAACUAGAACGGGAUUGUAUAUAUAUCACAUUUUUAAACAUUAUAAAUAUAUAUUUAUACACAUUAUCGUACUUAAGUAUUCGGAUGAACUGUGUUAUGCUUACGAAUUAUUCGAAAUAAUUACGCGAUAUAUAUAUAUAUAUAUAUAUAUAUAUAUAUAUAUAUUGUUUUUUUCCAAAAACAGAUUAUCUAUUUAUAGAUUUUAAAUAUCUGUGAACAGAAAAAAAUUUGUCAAAUUUUUUUAUUGCAGAUGUUUCGAAUACUUACCCGAACGAUAAUGUAUAUACAGUAUACUAUACAAUAAUUGUUGGCUUGUCGCAAAUAGAUUAGCUUAAGCCUAAAAUUACGUUAGUAUUAACUGCGCAUUUUAUUAUACCCGGAAAUACACAUACGUAUAAGCUUUGUAAUUGCAAACGUUUAUAAGAAUGCAUAAUUUGAAACACACGCGCGCGUAUAAUCGUUUACAAAUAACACUCCAAAUUCUCUCUCUUAUAUGCGUUAUAGAAGACUAUAUAUACGCAGAAGAGUAAUUCUGUGAUUUUUGUUGUUGUUGUUUUUCAAUAAGUUUGACGUCGUUAUACAUAUAUUUAUAAUCGUAUAUAUAUACAGGGUACGUUAAGAGAAAAGAGUUAUAGAUUUAGAAAAUAUAUAGUACUCAUGCAAGCUGAGUAAACAAUUAGUAAUUGGCAAUUUUGUCAAUAAAUAAUGCAUAUUAAGUUUAAUGAGUUAAAUAUACUUUCUAAAUCUUAAACCCCUUAUUUUGAACUCCCUGUAUAUAUAUAUAUAUAUUAUUAGAUGUUAAUAUUUUGGAAACUUGCACGUUUGGUCUUUUACAUAAAAAUAUUUAGGAAUUAUAAAUGGCAUUGUCCGUUCGAGAAAAACGAACGAAAUUUGUACCGUCUUAUCAAUUCCGAUUUGAAUCUUUUUCUUGUUCGUUUGUACGAAAUCGGAACCGUCGAAUGUUUUAGAAGGUCGUUGUCCAGCAUUUGGUGAUCGUAUAUACGCUUGUACAAAUGGAUUAACUCAAACGACUUAUAUCCAUUAUACUUAUGUAAAAAAUACUGCUCCAAUAACGAGCAAUAGAUCUUACAUCGGCGAUAAAGUUAAAAAUUAGUUGAGGAUCGUUUGUGUUGUUGGAUAAACAACAUUAUGAGAAAGAGUCUUUGUGGUCGUACGAUAUUGCCGAAAAUAUUUUUAUCCAUGUACAAAGAGACGCGAUUACUUAAAAAUUGACAGUCAACGUCAUCGGUACUAAAAUAUUCGUACGAAAUUUCAUACGCCAUUAGCUAAAAAUGUUAUAUUCAGCAAGGAUAUCCAAUGAAUACCGUGUAAAACAUUUUCUUUUGUUUCAUAUGUUAUUGCCUUAAUGUGUAUGCAAUAAUUUGGCAUUUUUUUGUUUUUAUCAUUGGCGAUUUACAUUUUAACGAUGAAUAUAUAUCGAUUAUAUUGGUAGAAAAAAUAACUUAUUUUACAACUCGCAUAUAUUAGAUUUUUUGCUAAAUUAAAUCGUAAUGGUGUAGUUUCGAAAAUUUUCCCCGUCACACAUUAACUAUUACGAACAUUUUUAUUCUUUCAACAACAAAAUAUGGAAUUAAUUGAGAAUAUUUAAAUGUCAAAUGGAAGAUAUUUCCCCUUGAAAGUGUACUCAUGGAUACAUAAAUGUUGAAUAUUAAUGUAAUAUACUUCUAAUUGAAUAUACCAUGGAAACUGAUGAGAUUAUGAUAUUAAUUUAAUGUGAAGUGUUUACAAACUGACUUUAUCGAUAAUCGAUAUCUAAAAUGGGAUAACAGAUACAGUACCUUACAAAAGUAUUUAAAUAACUUUCAAAAUUAUAACAUAUUGUUUAGAGACAUUAUUAUGAGAAAAGUUGGCGAACACUUUCAAGGGAUCCUUUUUACGUGUGUAUGAACUAACGAUAAACAAAGAUUUAGGACGGUAGUUAAAUGUAAUUGUCAUCGAUCGACUAUGUUAAUUGUGCAUAAUGUUAUCAACGAUGCGUGAUACUUUCUGUUCCUAAUUUAAUGUCAAUAAAGCCAAUGAUUACGAUACUGUGCGCGUAUAAUUGACUCUCGACAAAUUUGCGUUUUGUAUACCUAGCUAUGUUUUAAAGCACUCUAUUGGAACAUACGCAUAUGCGAUGACCAUUCAUAUUUCUUAGAUAUUUAUAGCGCUAUUUAUGACAUUUUUCUUUAUAGCAUUAUCAUCAGCAGUAGCAGCACCAGCGUACCACAAAUUCGUGCCUAUGUAUAAAAUAAUUUUUACUCGA